GUCUAGAAGCUCAAGUACCAAUUUAUCCAAGUAGCUCAAUGAAGCUUAUUUUCCGAGAUGUAUUCUCGCCUAAUUUUUUUAUUUUGGACCUUAUUGAUAAGUUGAGUCACGAAAUACUCUAAAUAAAUCAUCUUGAUGUUGCAAAUUAAAAACUUCGCGAUCUACAACAUUGCCUAGGCGGAACCAUAACUUGACUUUCGUAAAUGGAUCGAUUGCACGUCAGCCAUAAAGAAGAAGGCGAGAGAAAAGUCGUCGAAAGACAGUCGCUAGUUGAAACGUGAGAAAAACUUCAGUUCCUCAAGAUGGGUUUCAACGAGACGGAUCUGAACAACACUGCGAAUCUACCGAGCACUUUUCUUCUCGACACUGGCCAGCGAAACAUCAGCAAAAACCAUCACGAUAUCGAAUAUGUUCUCUUGUUAACUUUAAAAGCUUCCAUUAUGAUAUUCAUCAUCCUUUGUGCUCUCCUCGGCAAUUUAUUGGUCAUUGUCUCUGUCAUGAGACACCGCAAGCUUCGGGUAAUCACCAAUUAUUUCGUGGUUUCGCUGGCCUUGGCGGACAUGUUAGUGGCGUUGUUCGCCAUGACGUUCAACGCUUCCGUGGAACUUUUUGGACGCUGGUUAUUCGGGUAUUUCAUGUGCGAUGUGUGGAAUUCGUUGGACGUUUUCUUCAGCACCGUUAGCAUCCUUCAUCUUUGCUGCAUCAGCGUCGAUAGAUAUUACGCGAUCGUCCAACCACUGGACUAUCCGUUAAUCAUGACAAACGUGAGAUUGGGAACCAUGUUGAGCGUCGUGUGGUGUUUCCCGACUGUUAUGAGCUUCCUACCGAUCUUCGCAGGAUGGUAUACCACAAACGAGCAUCUCGAGUACAGAAGGAACUAUCCGGAUGUGUGUGUGUUCCAAGUCAACAAGUUCUAUGCUGUCGUCAGUUCCUGUGUGAGCUUCUGGGUACCGGGGAUAAUCAUGAUCGCGAUGUACUACAAGAUUUAUCGCGAGGCCGAUCGUCAGGAGCGCAUGUUGUACCGGAGCAAGGUAGCGGCCGCUCUGCUAAAUAAACAUCUGCAGAUCAAUGGGAUCUCGGCCGGUUUGACAUCUCUACCGACCGUGGACCAAUCGUCGCUGGAGCCACAACCGGAAGAGCCGCCAAUAACAAGUAGCAGUAAAAUGAAAAGAGAGCGGAAGGCAGCUAGAACGCUCGGCAUCAUCAUGUCAGCGUUUCUAGCUUGUUGGUUACCUUUCUUCCUUUGGUAA